GGGUGUUGGAUCAGUUUAUCCUAAUCUGAUUAUUAAUAGACUUUCAAGGUACAGUAUGUCAUUGGCUUCUUAAGUGUUCAGUAGAUCUAUUUAUGGUUGAUUCUAUAACGUUUUACAUAGUUGUUAAACAAUUUUGCUAAUGGCACUGCAGCAAAAAUCUAAUUUUCUUUUGGCACCAUUGUGGUAUCAUAGUAUUAAUGGGCUUAUGGGGAGGAACAUUGAUAAGAACCAGUUACAUGUGUUUUAAAGAACUUUUCAAUUAAAGUGACAACCCAAGCACCAUAACCAGUCUCUAAGCAUUUUAAGCACCAUGACUAUUACAAUUUAUAAUUGGUUUUAUGGUGGAAGGGAAGGAGGCAGUGGUACCAUCCUUCCAGACGUCAGUUUAGGGGAGAAAAGCUAUUUAGCAAUGUGAAAAUUGCCAGGCAACCAAAUCCCAGCUUUCUGCCUGUGAUUUGAUAAUAAGGAAGUUUCCCUUUCUUGUCAUCCAUCUAAUACAGAGGUGCCUAAAAGGUAGAUCCCCAGAUGUUGUAGGACUACAACUCUGAAGAUGCUUUGCAUGCCUUUAGAACGACAAAGCAUCACUGAAGCUGUAGUUUGGAAACAUUUGUGGAUCUACCUUUUGGGCACCCCGUUCUAAAAUAUGGGUUAAACAGCAUUCUGCCACACUUUAUCAUUGCUAUUCCUUGUGACUAAAAGCAGCCCCUUUGUCACUCUGUGAGCCUUUUUUUUUUUUUCUCUCAUUUAUCAUUUUUAUUGAAUGACAUUUGCAACACAUAACAUGGUAAAUAAUUACAGUCCGCCUUCACAGCAACAUUUGCGGAUAACAUUCUACAUUUCGCCCUGUAUCCAGCCGUACUUCUCACUCAAUUGGUCAAUCAACCAAUUAAAUAUACAAAUAAUCUGUGUGUCAGGCGAUGUUCGAUGUGAUGCAUACAGCUUCAAAGCAUGUGGUGCAUUUUUUUUAUAUAUAACUUGGGAGGGGAUGGGAUACAGAAGGAAAAGAGGGGGGAGGGGGGGGAAAUCCCUGGUCACAGCUUCACACCACAGCCAGCAGUACAUUAAUAAUCACCUUCCUUAUGUAACUUGUGAGAUUGAUGAGGCUAUAUGUUCGCCUGAGCACCUCAACGCCCUAACCCCUUUGGUCCCCUAACGUUUGCGCCUGUGUGCUUCCUUACUGGCCCGCUAUGGGGGUUAACCAUUUGGUUCGAGCAGUCGGUUUGUCUUAGUUGUCAUUCAGUGACUAUGUAGCCGCCCAACAUACCCAUUCUUUAUCAUACUUUCCUAGGCAUCCUUUCAGCUUGCUGGCCAUUUUCUCGUAUAUGCUAAUCAAAUUCAUUUUGUUGAUAAUCACCUCUACCUGAGGAACUUGUUUGCUUUUCCAGUUACCAGCUAAGGCUACUUUUGCUACCGUCAAUAUAUUCAGAAUCACUUUUUUGUGAGGGUGUGUGUCUAGGUCUGGUAUAACAUGUAAUAAGUACUUUUCCGGUCGCAAUGGGAUGGAGGUGCCAGUCUUACUUGAGAUCAGGGUUUGGAUUUGUUUCCAGAAUCCGUCUAGCAACGGGCAUUUCCAGAACACAUGUAACAUGGUUCCAGUGUCAAGUACAAGUUCGUAGCGCCUGAGUACAUACUCGCUAGUCUCUGUGGUACCAGAUACCACCUCAUAGUUAUCUUGCAGUAGGCCUCCCAUAGCGAGAGGCUACUCGAUGCCUGUUUUGUAUUUGCCCUUGCAGACUGCCAGUCUGCUUGGGAGAUAUGAAAUCCCAGGUCCUGCUCCCAUUUUGCCAUGUAUUUCAGUUUAUCUGGGGUGUUAUCUGCGACCAACGCAUUGUAACAUAGGGAGAGUGGUUUUGCUGCUUUUGUCAGAGAUAAGUGGCUAGGUUGGAGUACCGGAAAGUCAGUUCGAGCGGCUGUUUGUUUACCAUGGGUUAAUAUUAUGUUUUUGAUUCUUAAAUAAAGAUACAGAUCUCUCAAGUCUAACCCCAGUUCCUCUUUCAAUUCAGGGAAUGGUUUCAUUAAAUCCUUCACUAAUCUCGCUCCCUUGUUGAGCCAUUUGCCCACCUGUAUGCCUGGGGAGUAGGCUGCUAGUGUUGUGAUGGGUGCCUCCCUAAAUAAUCGUACCGGGUCCAGCACCUUCGGACACCAGGUCUUCCAUGCUUUAAGCAUAGUGAUCGAGCAUCUCAGGAUCGUGCCCGCAGAUGUUCGGGGCGAGGAGCAUGUCCAUAAGUAAUGGACUGUGUCAUGUGCCUCUAGGCAUUCAUUUUCUAAUGACAGCCAGAGCGGUUUACGGGGGAGGUUAUGGUUCCUAAUGAGUCGCAGUCCCUGUGCCAAGAAAGAGGCCCUGUAGUAUGCAGUAACGUCCGGCAUCCCCAGUCCUCCUUGGACAUAAGGAAGUCCCAGACACCCUUUAUUCAUUCUCGGGGGUUUCCUCUUCCAGAUGUGUGCAUUGACCGUGCUUUGGAAUUGUUUGAGCAGCGCAGUCGGGAGGAAUAUGGGCAGGGUUCUGAAUAGGUAUAGGAUGUGUGGUAGUGUCAUCAUUUUAAUUAGGUUGAUACGUCCGAGCCAGGAGGUAUCCAUGCUAGCCCACUGUUCGAGGGAGGAUUUGAUUUUCUUUAGCACAGGGUAGUGAUUUUCUUUGGUCACCGUUUGAAGGGAUUUGGUGAGGUUUACACCUAAGUAUUUUAAGGAAUUGGUGCGCCAAUCAAAGGGAUGCUGCGGUUUUAUCCUUUCUAAUGUAGGUUUUGGUAGGUUUAUGGGUAGAGCUUGCGUUUUGGUUAUGUUGUUUUUAUAGUACGAUAUCUCCCCAUAGUCUACCAGCGUUCUCAUUAGAGUGGGAACGGAGGACUCCGGUUUUGUAACAAACAGCAGUAUGUCAUCGGCAAACAGAGCUAAUUUCUUUUCGCCCCCCUGGGUGUGCAGCCCAUGUAUAUUGGGAUCAUUUUUUACUAUCCUUAUUAGCGGUUCCAAGCAUAGGAUAAAUAUUAGGGGGGAGAGGGGACAGCCUUGCCUAAUGCCAUUACAUAUGGCGAGCCUGUUAGAUACGAAGCCCGUGCUAAAAACUUUUGCUGAAGGGUUUUGAUACAGUGCCAUUAUGCUUGAUCUAAAGUUUAGUGGGAAUCCCAUUUUGGUGAGGGUGAGCAACAUAUACCUCCAGUGUAGGCGAUCAAACGCCUUCUCAGCGUCAAGCGCUAGCAAGAGUCCCGCUUGAUGCGAGGCGUUCGCCCAUUCAAUCAUGUUCAGGAAAUGUCUAGUGUUGUCCCCUACUUGACGCCCCUGGACAAAGCCCGCUUGCUCCUCCGAGACGAGGUCUGCUAGGAUUGGUUUAAUUCUAGAAGCGAGGAGUUUGGCAUACAGUUUGGUGUCUGCGUUCAGGAGGGAGAUCGGGCGUAGGUUUGCACAGUGUGUGGGGGGUUUGUUGGGUUUGGUUAACGUCCCUAUAUGUGCCUCCAGCAUUUCCGUGGGCAUAGUCCUUGCAGUUUUUAUGUGAUUAAAUAGGUUGGUGAGAGGCGUGAGUAGUUGUUUGGUCAGUUUUAUGUAAUAGUAGUUGGAUAUCCCGUCUGGACUCUGUGAGCCUUUAACAAUUUGUUGGUGUUGAAAAGAUUAACAGCAAUUUGUUAUUGAGGAAACCCAAAUACACUGUACAUAUAUUGUGAACAAUUCAUGAAGAAGUGAAGCUUCCUCACUAUAGUGUUCCACCUUCAGUUUCUGUCAUACUGGUAAUCAUGGGCAUCCGCAGGAUUUUUCAGCUUGUGCCGGUAUUUUUCUUUUGAGAUUGAGAAUACACUGCAAUACCGGCUGUGUGUGGAGAGAGGCAGGGAUAGGAAGCUACAUCUUAUCCCUGCUUCUCUUUCCUGAUUGAAUCAGCGGGGGAGUAGCACCGAGUGCAGCAAGUAACUCCCUGACUGCAGAGACAGCCUACAGUUCAGGUAAGUGAGGGAUGAGGGAGAUAGCAUACAGGAAGGGUCAGCAAAGGGCAGCAAUGAGCUGGAAGGGGCAGAAGGAGCACAAAGGAAAAGUAGGAGAAGGAGCAGAAAGGAGAAGGAACAGAAAUGAGCAGGAAGGGACAGCAAGAAGCAGAAAGGGGCAACAAAGAGCUGGAAGGAGCACAAAGGUGAAGGAGCAGAAAGGGUCUGCAAGGAACAGAAAGGGGUCAGAAAGAGAAAGGAGCAGAAGGGCGCAAAAGCAGCAGAAAGGUAAAGGAGCAGAAGAAGCCAAGGAGGAGAGAAGACAGUGUCAGAAGAAAAAGAAGACUGUGUCAAAUGAAGGAGAAAAAAAGGAGAUUGGAGCAGGAAGGACAAGUGAAGUGAACCCUCCACUUCAUUCUGGACACCACAUCAUAAGGCUUCGGUACCUGGGCCUGGCAGGGAAACUUUGGACUCAUCUCCCCAGGUAAAAAUAAAUAUCAGUGUUAAUGUGUUCACUUUUAUUUACUGAGUGUCAGGAAGCACAGAGUGCCGCUGGGUAGGGGUGCUGCUGAUUGGCUAGAGCGGUCAGCUGGCACUCUAAGCCAAUCAGUAGCUCCCCAUUCAUAAAAAAGUAAAACAUUUUUAUGAACCGGGAACUAGCGAUUGGCUUAGAGCGUUAACUGACCACUCUAGCCAAUCUAUAGCACCCAUGCCUGACGUCAAUCUGCACUUCCUGACACUCCGUUUCAAAAACCGAAUACCACUGAGCGACCUGGAGAUCUGCAGCUGGAGGAAACCUUUGGGGUUAAACCAUUUGAGAGCAGUUUAACCCUUUAACGGAAAGAGGCCUCCUGACAUCAUAGCAUUUUCAUUUAGAUGAAGUUAUGAUGACCAGAAUGUUCCUUUAAUUUGAUUAAAGUGAAAAUGCUAUUCACCCUGGCUUUAUGUGAUAAUGAGUAUGCCCCUUCCCUUCAUGACACUGUCAAAAAGGGACGUGGACGUGGAUGUCAUUACAAUUAUGCUCCCCCGCCCCCUGGAUGCCCAUGCUUAAACAUUACUCUGAGUGUUUCAUACUUCUUAAAAUUGGGAGAUAUGAGAUGGAGAGGCCAUGUGUGUCACGGGUUUUACUACUCCUGUCCACAAAAUGAGGUCAAGGUUACCUGGGUUGAUGCUGCCAUUCACCAAAGACAGUAACAAUAUAUACAACAGCACCUUUUGAUAGCUGUUUAUGUGGGUUCCAUUUCAAAUGCCUAGGAAGUAGAGAAUAUGCAUGAUGCAAGAUGAGGGCUUAGUGUUGUUUGGAUGACAGUGAGGAAUCAGGGUGCGGGGAGGGAAAGAUGUUCACAGUUUAAUUGAUGUAUUUUCCUGAAGUAGUGAGUUUUCAGAGAUUUUUAAAGGAGUGGAGACUGGGUGAAACUCUAACAGAGAGGGGAAGGGCGUCCCAUGGAAAUAGUGCAGCCCUAGAGAAGUCUUGAAGGUGAGCAUCAGAAGUAGGAGUAUGAACAGAGGUUAGACAUAGGUCUCGGGCAGAGCAUAGGGGCCUAGACAGGACAUAUUUGUGUAUUAGUGAAGAUAAGUGUAACAGAGCUCCCUGUACUCCGACCGAGUACCCUCCGUUGACGGAUGCUCCUAGCGCUUCCUGAGGACUCCAAGCGCUGCAGCAGACACCACAACCACCGCAGACUCCACAACCGCCGUAUCUUGACUGGAGUCUCGCCGUCUUCCUUCCACCCUGGAUCAGCUUCUGUCCAGGACUGUGUGGGAAAGAACUCUUCCUUCCACCCUGUAUGAACCUCCAGCAUCCAGGACUGUGUGGUGAAGACCCCUCCUCCAAGGAGAGCGUGUCAGGAACAAGCUCUUAAAAGAACUAAGUGACUCAAGCUCAGGGGAGCAUGCAGAGCAUAGCAAUCCCCAGUGUGAUUAGAACAGCUCCCUCCAAUAACGAGACAAGGCUACAUUUAGAGGGAUCAAGAAGAACUGUCAAAACCUUUAUUCCCUUGGGACCAGCCAAUACAGUCACCACAAUAACAUUGUUGUGAAACCUCAAUAAAAUCACAAACAAUCAAACCAUAUCAAGAAACACACAGUGACUUAUCACAACACAAUGGCACAUUUUUAAAGGGGUGGGGGAAGACAAUAUUUAACAGUAAAUAUCUCCCAUGCCUGCAGAAUUAGCAAUAUGCAAAUCUACCCGAAUAUGCAAAUGAACCAGUCUUGCAAUUCAGGUAGUGCAUAUUGCUGUUGCUACCAACAGAGGGCACUAGACAAGCUCCAUAGCCAAACCCACCUAGUUGGUAGCAAACCUCAGCAGUACAGGAGAGCAGGCAAUACAUUUCACAGUACACACACACACACACACUAUAAACAAUUACAUUACACACACCCUGUACCUAUAAUGGGUACAGGGUGACUAAAACAUAUGAUAAAUAAUGCAGCCUACAUAAAUAGUCUAUAAGUAUAUCCCAAACAAUAUACAAUUGAUAAAUAAUAUAAAAAGCAAUAGUACUUAGCUUAUAAAGAUGUAUGACAGCCUCCCUAGGUCGUUACCCAAACAAGCGACCUAUAUCAUAUAUAGUAUAAACCAAAACAGAGAAGAUUCGGGAUAUGGCUGUGUAAAUCUACAGAGAAAGCAUAAAACAAAACAUAGUGUGAUAUUGUUAUAAAACACAAUAUUUCAUGCGCAGUAAUCUUGUGCACUCACAGGAUGUAGGCAGUAAAAGCGCUCUUAAGGUGCCUUCCCCAAUGGAAUGGGGGGCUAGCUGGUGUUCCUUAUCACCUCUGGAUCCUUGUAUCACCAAAAGACAUCCACAGGUCAGGGUUCAGUAAUAAAAAAUUUAUUUAGAUAAAAAGUGUAGUCACCAAUUCAGCAUAGGAUACAAAUAACAAAAGGAUGUCCUACGCGUUUCGUUCUAUAAGAACUUCCUCAGGGACCACAAUUAAAAACAAUAAUAACAAUGUAUCAAUGUACAAUACAUAAACAUAUCCUAUACACAUCCCCCCUCCCUGUGUCCUUAAAUAGGGCUAAUCCCUAAAGUCUAUUGGUGAAUCCAGUAGGCGUGUAAAUCCUCCUUGGUUCUAAUUGGAGGACUGAUCUUCCUGUGGCAGCUGUUUGUCAUCCAUUCAUUUUCCAUAAUUUGUAAUUUGCGCCUUUUUCGGCAAAUACCGGAAGUGGUCAUAAUUUGCCGAAACCGGAAGUGACGUCGCGGGAACGUCCGCGUUCCACAUGCGUUCCACCAGUAACGUCUCCAUGGCAACCGGGCGCGAUCAAGUCAUUCAAAAGGUCAAAUGGAACACAGGACAAAUAAAAAGCCCCAUUCUGCUUGAGAAAAAAAACUGUUAACCAUUUUUAACAUAUUUAGCCGUUAUUUAUGUAUAUAUAUCUGUUGAGUAUCACCCUCCUCAUUAAUCCCAUCACACAACAUAAUGUUAAUCCUCAUAUUGUACCAAGUAAUCAUAAUACCUCAGUAUAUUAUAAGCCUAAGGCUUCGUAUUACAAAGUGAUCAUAUUUCCUAUGUCUAUUAUUUAAAAGGUUUUUUUUUAUUUUUUUUUUUUUUUUUUAUAACUUUAUACAUUGUUAAUCAAGGUGAACACCGUAAUCAAUUCAUCACUGUAUCAGUUUAAACUUCAAUUUGUCGUGUUAUAUAUUUGUACUCCCCAUAAAAAUCUUUGGGAUAAACCUAUUAGACACAUUGAAAUAAUCCAUUGCUAUGGUUACACAAAAAAGGGGUUAGUAGAUUGUGGCUACAAAAUGACUACUUCCCAUAUAAACUUUAUUUAGUGAAUCUACCACAUUCAAUUUAUACCAGCUCUAAAAAUCCUUAGAGCAAAUCCAUUAUUUAUAUUAGAAUAAUCGGUUAUUGUGUUUUUAUUAUAGUCUUUUGUGAUUUUUGGUCAUAUAGGACAAUAGAUCACAAAUUGUAAAAAAAGAUAAAAUAAAAUAUAAGGGAUAUGAAAUAACUACUUGGUAUUUGAUAUAUAUAUAAAUCCUCUCUCUAAGUAGGGAUUAGCUUUCAACUGUAGAAACAACCCAAAUUAAAGGCAAACACACAUAUCCUAACUCUUUGUUCUGAAGAUUUUAGGCCAUAUUAAUCUAGAAAACAAAUUAAAUCAAUAUCGAUAUUAAGACCCUUAGGUGAGAGGGUUUGUAAUUUAUGUAUCCAGAACGUCUCCCUCUGGGCUAGUCUUUGAACUCUAUUACCCCCACGCCAGAAGGGGUGGACUCGUUCAAUUCCCCAACAUCUAAAAUCCUUAAAUGAAAAAAGGGGACAUGAUAUACAAUGGGUUGGGACUGAGUGUGUCGUCAGUCUCUUUCUGAUAUUACAUUGUUAUUAUUGUUUUUAAUUGUGGUCCCUGAGGAAGUUCUUAUAGAACGAAACGCGUAGGACAACCUUCUGUUAUUUGUAUCCUAUGCUGAAUUGGUGACUACACUUUUUAUCUAAAUAAAUUUUUUAUUACUGAACCCUGACCUGUGGAUGUCUUUUGGUGAUACAAGGAUCCAGAGGUGAUAAGGAACACCAGCUAGCCCCCCAUUCCAUUGGGGAAGGCACCUUAAGAGCGCUUUUACUGCCUACAUCCUGUGAGUGCACAAGAUUACUGCGCAUGAAAUAUUGUGUUUUAUAACAAUAUCACACUAUGUUUUGUUUUAUGCUUUCUCUGUAGAUUUACACAGCCAUAUCCCGAAUCUUCUCUGUUUUGGUUUAUACUACAUAAAUAGUCUGUCUGAAGGUAGACUAGGGGCUUUAAAACCAAAUACAGGAAAGAGUCAUAGUCACAGGGGAGGAGGCUGGCAAGCAGGCCUCUCCAGGACCAAGUGGCGAAGGGCACUUCGUCACAAUAAGUAGGUAGGAGCAGCAUUGUGUAGAGAUUUGAAAGCAAGUAUCAGGAUCUUAAAUUGAGUCCGAUAUCUUAUGGCAGGGGUGGGGAACCUUUGACCUUCCAGAUGUUCUGCACUACAUUUCCCAUAAUGCACUUACAGUGAUAAUGCUGACAAAGCAUCAAGGGAGAUGUAGUUCACAACAUCUGGAGGGCCGAAGGUUCCCCACCCCUGUCUUACGGGAAGCCAAUGUAGGGACUGACAGAGGGGUGUGGCGUGGGAGGUGUGGGCGGACAGGAAGAUGAGCCUUGCGGCCACAUUCAUUAUAGACUGUAACGUGGCAAGUUGGGAGCACGUAAGAUCACUGAGAAACAGAUUACAUUAGUUGAGGUGAGAGAGGACAACGGCAUGGACAAGCACCUUUGCUGUAUCAGGCGUUAAAUAGGGUUGGAUGCGAGCUAUGUUUUUAAAAUGGAAGCGGCGGGAUUUGGCGAUUGAUUGGGCAUAAGUGGUGAAGGAGAGAGCGGAGUCAAAGAGAACACCUAGGCAGCGAGCCUGAGAGGUAGUGCAGAUGGUAGCGCUCUUGACUUGGAGGGAAACAUACAAGGGAGUAGCAACACUUGACUGUGUUGUUACCUUUUUGGAUUAACAUUGAAAAUAACUCAGGAUUGUGUUGUUUGUAAAGCUUUCAGAUUUUCAGGGUGUGUUCACUAAAACAGUAAUUGUGGGACUUUAAAACCAACUUGUAAAAUGGAUGCCAGAAUAUCAAUAAUUAAAUAUUCAGUUCAGCCAAGGUGGUAAUUGUUUCCCCCCUGGCAGCUGGUAUGGCCUAAAUUUUGUUGUCAAUUCUUUUUUUUUUUUUAAUUUAAAUUUAUUCAGUUUUUAAAACAUGAUGAGGUCUGUUCGUUUUCGAAUAAUAACUGCAAUUAAACUUUUGUUCAUUGAAAUUGAUUAUGUCUGAAGACCUAAUCAUUAGAUAAGCUAUUAGACCUGCAAUCUGUAAUGUUUCAGCCUAGGACUUUAAUAGCAUUUACAUUACUCCAAUCAUAUAUUCUCCUGGGUAAGUAAAAUUUUGCUGUGUCACUGCUGAGGCCAAGUGAGGCUGCACGCAUCAUCAUUUUAUCCAUUUGAACAAGCCACUUAGUGAUGAUUUAGACAUUUGGCAGAUCUUAUUGCAAAAGAAUAUUGGAAAAUAUAUUUGGCUGAAAAGGUCAGUUUCUAGCAAUGAUUUAAAUCGGAUUCUUCCAGUCAGCUUUUCAAGGUCAUAACUGUUUGGGAUUUUAGCAUCGUUUAACUUUGUGUUAUUUUUCUGAUGUCUUCUGCAAAGUAACCGCUCUGUCUUACUUUAUUUUCUCAUUUUUACAACAAUUUGGGGUGUCAUGUCAAUCAUCAAAAAAGCACACCUGGCACUGGAUAGAAUAAAAAUCAGCCAUUGGGACUGUUUUGAAAUAGAUGACCGUCCGUAGUUUUCACUGAAUAUAUGUGCCUUUUUUCAGUCACCGAAAAGCAUGAAAAAGCAUGUUAGAUGGUAUCUCACAUACACAGACUCAUUUAAUCAAAAUGAAUAACUAAAUUAAUAAUCUAUGCUGGAAGUAUGUACCACGGUGAAGACAGACCUUACUCCCAGAGAGAUGGUGGACCUCACACUAAGUUAAGCAGUGCCACAUCUAUAGAGUGCUUAGAGUGCUUAAAUGCAGAAGUCUAGCUUCCUUGUUAGCAGUAACGCUGAUCAUACUGCUUGAAUACAUAGAACAAAGACUCUACUCUUACUGUUGUUAAUAUGAAAACAUUUUACCUUCUAUGACAGAGUUCAGGGAAUUAUGUAUAAUAGAAUGUUUGAAUGCUCUUACAUAGAAACAUAGAAUGUGACGGCAGAUAAGAACCAUUAGGCCCAUCUAGUCUGCCCAAUUUUCUAAAUACUUACAUUAGUCCCUGGCCUUAUCUUAUAGUUAUUAUAGCCUUAUGCUUAUCCCAGUCACUCUUAAACUCCUUCAUAGUGUUAACAUCUACCACUUCAGCUGGGAGGCCAUUCCUUGCACUGCAUCCACUACCCUCUCAGUAAAGUAAUACUGCCUGAUAUUAUUUUUAAAUCUGUGCCCCUCUAAUUAGACUAUGUCCUCUUGUUGUGUGGUAUAUUUUCUUAUUUUACAUAUACUCUCCUCCUUUACUUUGUUGAAUAUUUUAAAUGUAGAAUUGAAUUGUGUAUUAUAUGCCAGUAAUUCAUUACACAGUUGUGUAGAUGUGAGAUUUGCAAGAGAGGAAGCCUGUUCAGGAUUGCCCCACUGUCUAAACUGACCUGCGGUAAUUAAUUGUUAAUCAUUGAUAAAAUGGGUAGUGUAGGGGCUGUUAGGGAGAGUCUGUGAGAUAUUGAGAAGUAAUGUCUGUCCCAAUAUAGCAAAUCUCAGUUUCGGGGUCCAGUCCCUCUGUCCCAGGAUGAUUCCUAGUGUCCUACUUUCCCCAACCAGCACAGUACUAGUGCAUCAUUAAACAAGUUUGUGCUUCGCUUGUGGGCACCUGCAGGGCCGUUUGAAGGAAUUUGGGGGACCCAAGCAAAAUGGUCAUGGAGGUUCCCUCACCCCACCAAAGCCUAGUCUGUCCUCCCCCCCCACCCCCACCCCUGCGUGGUGGGUGGGGGCCAUGAUUCACAAUGGGGGGGUGCUACUGUCCUCCCCCACCCCUGAGUGGUGGGUGGGGCCAGGGCAUAAAGAUAAUGAGGGGGGGACCUACUGUCCUCCCCCACCCCUGCGCGGUGGGUGGGGGGCCAUAAAUCACAAUGGGGGGAACCUACUGUCCUCCCCCCCCCCCGGCCUCCACCCCUGAGCGGUGGGUGGGGGCCAUAAAAAUAUUGAGGAGGGUACCUACAGUCUUCCUCCCCGACCCCACCCCUGUGCGGCGGGUGGGGGCCCUAAGACAAAUCCCCCCCUUCAAAGGUGACUAGGGGUCCCCAAGCCCUUAGUCAUCCACCCAAAUAAAAACUAUCCCCUACCUACCCCCCUCACCCUAAAAAUAAUGAGGGGGGAAUAAAAUAACUAACCUGGAAAUAAAAAUAAAGCUUACCAUUUGAUGUCUUCUUUCUUCUAAAAUCUUAUUUUUUCAGCCCCAAAAAAGGCCAAAUAAAAAACCAUCAUACCCAUCGAACUUAAAAUAAAAUAAAAAAUCAGAGCAAAAAAAAAAAACAACGAAAAAGGAAAAAACUUGGCGCAAAAAAAAAAAUCCAUCUUCACCCAUGGAGGGCUCAUCGCAGACUGAGGUCUGCCGGGCGGGGGAAGGCUUAUAAAGCCUUGCCCCGCCCUGCAAUUAGGCCAAGAACACUCUGAUUGGUUUGUUUAAGCCAAUCAGAGUACUCUUUGUCAUUUUACACAGCAUAGGAAAGUUCUUUGGAAUUUUCCCACGCUGUGUAAUUUGACUCAUAACACUCUGAUUGGUCAGUCAGAAUGAUCCUUCCCUUCUCUGGUGGGCUGCCAAUUUUGAGCAGCACCAUUGAUGCAUGUGGUGUCACCGGCAUGCCCCUGUCCCAAUUUUAGACUUUUCAUACUUCAUGUUGGAAGGUAAUAUCUUAAUGGUGACAUGUCUAAAGGUUCUGUCUAUGUAAAUUAUGUUGUCUGUGUCUAGAGUUGGCAGUUGGUAAGUGGGCCAGCCACCCAACUUCAUUUAGCUCUCCUUUAUAUUGCUCAGUAAGCACUGUAGAGCAAGGUUUUAUUUUUCUACAUUUAUGUUAAUUACUGCCAAUUAUUAGCAAAAUAAGCAAGCCAAGGCUCAUAAAUAGAGUUGAGCGAACCUGAACUGUAAAGUUCGGGUUCGUACCGAACAUUUCGGUUUUUGGAGCCCGGAUUCGAACACGGACAUUUCAGUGUAUGUUCGGGUUGGAGUUCGGUGUUUGGCGAUUUAAUGGUGCGUUUUGAAAGGCUGCAGGGCAGCCAAUCAACAAGCGUUUGACUCGUGUGCCGUUAGAAGCCAUCAGAUCCAUGUCUACCAAUGGCAUGGCUGUGAUUGGCCAGUGCAGCCAAUCACCACAGUCCAGUUUCUAUAUAUAGCACCGCAUGUCACAUGAGCUCUUAUUAGUGUAGGGAGAGGAUGCUGCAUCAGAUUAGGAAAGAGUACAUAGUACAUUUUGGGACCGUCAAAUACUGCUGUGACAUUGCAGUUUGACUAAUUCACAUUUCUUUGGUGCUAAAUAGUACAUUUGGUGUGUGCACUUCAUAUCUGAGAGUCAAACAGAACCGUCUAAUACUGUGGUUACAGCGCAGUUUUAAAAAUUCGAAUUUUUUAGGUGCUAAAUAGUACAUUUGGGGUCUACACUUCAUAUCUAAGAGUCAAAUAGAACCGUCAGAUACUGCUGUGACAUUGCAGUUUGACUAAUUCAAAUUUCUUUGGUGCUAAAUAGUACAUUUGGUGUGUGCACUUCAUAUCUGAGUGUCAAAUAGAACCGUCAAAUACUGUGGUUACAGCGCAGUUUUACAAAUUCUAAUUUUUUAGGUGCUAAAUAGUACAUUUGUGGCCUGCACUUCAUAUCUGAGAGACAAAUAGAACCGUCAAAUACUGCUGUGACAUUGCAGUUUUAAAAAUUAAAUUUUUUUAGGUGCUAAAUAGUACAUUUGGUGUGUGCACUUCAUAUCUGAGAGUCAAAUAGAACUGUCAAAUACUGUGGUUACAGCGCAGUUUUACAAAUUCAAAUUUUUUAGGUGCUAAAUAGUACAUUUGUGGCCUGCACUUUAUAUCUGAGAGACAAAUAGAACCGUCAAAUACUGCUGUGACAUUGCAGUUUGACUAAUUCACAUUUCUUUGGUGCUAAAAAGUACAUUUGGGGCCUGCACUUCAUAUCUGAGAGUCAAAUAGAACCGUCAAAUACUGUUGUUACAGCGUAGUUUUAAAAAUUCUAAUUUUUUUUGGUGCUAAAUAGUACAUUUGGGGUGUGCACUUCAUAUAUGGUAUAUGUGUGCAACACUGGCUAGUUACCGCUUCUCAAGAAAGUCUAAAGACAAAUAAAUGUUGCCUAUGGUGCAGGUAGUAUAGAAGGCAAGACUGAGACAAAUCAGUCGGGUUACGUUUGCCUGUUGACAUGUUAAUUAUCUUAGACCAUUAAAAUUCAAUAAUCAAUUAAAAAACACUAAGUGUCAUACAAAAAUAUGUAUUAUAGACAAGUUAAAAACAAGACUACAAGUCAUGCUAUAACAAAAUUAAAGAAGUUUUAAAAUACGUAUUGGCCAACCAGUGGCUGUAAAAACAAAGUUUUACUGGUUACAUUCAUGACUACACACUCUAGUGAACAGGACCUUCAUGUAGUGUGUUUUAAAAAAAAAAAAAAAAUCAUACAGCAUCCUUUCAUGUGCAGACUGGCAAGGAGAGCAGGGUUGAGGAGUGGGUGGAAGAUGAUGUGGAGGAUGAUGAGGUCCUAGACCCCACAUGGAAUAAAGGUCAUGCGAGGAAGAGGCGGUGGUCGUACAGAGGCACCAGCACAGCAUAAGAGGGAGCAGGGUGCAAAAGUGGAGCGGUCGUCCCCUAGCGCUCGUCGGCAUGUAUUAGCUCUAGAAUUACCACAGUUAUCCAAGUAACAGAUGGAGCGAUCAAAGGAAUCAUAACCGAUUUAAUGAGCCAUUCGCAGUUUCACUGUAGCGGCUGUGCGCGCUUUCGGCGUUCUCACCCUGCUGCUGCUCGCCUGUCUGCGCUGCAGCGUAACUUCGGCCUUCCCGUUUACCACCUCAUAUGCGAAGUGCCCACAAGUUGGAACUCCACCUUGCACAUGCUGGAGAGUAGACAUGUGCAUUGGGAAAAUUUACGGUUCGAUUCGGCAAUUCGGAACUUCUGAAAUUCGGAACUUCGGCACUUCGGAAUUUCGGCAUUUCGGCACUUCUAUUGCAGCCGCUUAGUAGAUAACUCCCUAAUUCCCACGGUAUUAGGGAGUUAUCUACCAAAAGGUUGAAAGACCUAAAUUGGUCUUUCAGCCAAAUUUACUAAUACUAAGUAAAAAUGACUUAGUAUUAGUAAAUUUUGCCCCUACUCGCUAUACUGCGGGUGGGGGACCUAAACUGGAAUAAGGGGGGGACCUAAUGUCCUCCCCCCUGGCCCCCACCCCUGAGUGGUGGGUGGGGGCCCUAAAUUGAAAUAAGGGGGGACCUAAUGUCCUCACCCCUGAGCGGUGGCUGGGGGACCUAAAUACUAAUAAGGGGGGACCUAAUGUCCUCCCCUCUGGCCCUCACACCUGAGCGGCCGGUUGGGGCCCUAAAUUGGAAUAAGGGGGGAACCUAAAAGCACCUGAGCGGUGGGUGGGGGUCUUAAAGCAAAAGCCCCCACUCGCGUGUCGGGGGUUGGGGCUCGGGAGGGGGGACCCUAUUUUUUUUAAUUUAUUUUUAAAACAGUGAGCAGCCACAGGCUCCACUCUGUUUAAUAGACAUGCCCCUACUCGCGGUAUAGUGAGUAGGGGCAUAAUUUACUAAUAUUAAGUAAUCUUUACUUAGUAUUAGUAAAUUUGGCUGAAAGACCUAUUUAGGUCUUUCAGCCUUUUAGUAGAUAGCUCCCUAAUACCGUGGGAAUUAGGGAGUUAUCUACUUAUUCAUUCCUGUCAUUACACUGACUGGCUAAGUAAAUUACAUUUUAUAUAAAUUUUUUGUUACUUGAUUGUUGUAAGUGUUGAAAAUGCUUACAGCUGAAUCCUGGCUAUGUUUGUAUACUUUUUAUUUAAAACUGUAUACAAUGUAACACUGGGUAAGUAUAUUAGUACUUAGGCAAUACUGUGCUUCGGAACUUCGGCACUUUGACACUUCGGCAACUUCGGAACUUCGACACUUCGGAAAUUCGGUAAUUUCGGAACUUCGGGACCUCGGCAAUUCGGCACUUCGACGCUUCGGAAUUUCGGCAUUUGGGGACUUCGGCACUUCUAUUGCAGCCGCUUAGUAGAUAACUCCCUAAUUCCCACGGUAUUGCCCAAAAAUCGUCUGAAUUCACAUUCGGACCGAAACGAAUUGCACAUGUCUACUGGAGAGACUUGCGAGCAGCAGCAGGCGAUAGUGGAGUUUCAGCUGCAGCACGCACGGUUCAGUCGCUCUGCACCAGACUUGCCCUCCAAUAGAUCCUAGUUACAGGAUUCAAAGUGUACUCAUUCAAAUUACAGGGACUCUAAAGAGUCCUGUAUUGUUAUUUAUCGUCACUACUUCCCCGCGUCGGGAGUGGGUAAUUUGCAUGCCUGCUGCCUUCCUUGGAUGUGGUAGCCGUUUCUCAGGCUCUCUCUCCAGAAUCAAACCCCGAUUCCCCGUUACCCGUGGUCACCAUGGUAGGGGCAGAAAGUACCAUAGAAAGUUGAUAGGGCAGACAUCCGAAUGCGUCGGCGCCGUCACGGGGACGUGCGAUCGGCCCGUGGUUAUCUAGAGUCACCAAAGUGCCUGUGCAACGACUGCAGAUUUGCCCACAUUCUAACUUGUGCUGAUUACUGGGUGGCCACCCUGCUGGAUCCCUGUUACAAGGACAACGUGCCGUCCUUAAUUCCCUCACUGGAUCGUGAUCGGAAGAUGCGCGACUACAAGCGCACGCUGGUAGACGCGCUGCUGAGGGCAUUCAUAAAACUGACACCGGGGGCUCAGUGGAAGCACAAGGCGAAGGCAGAGGAAUGAGGAAGAGGUUGCCAACGCAGCUGGGGCACCGCCAGCACCUCACAAGGCAGGGUUAGCAUGGCUGAAAUGUGGAAAAGCUUUGUCAGCACGCCACAACAACCAGCACCACCAGCUGAUAUGGAACGUCUUAGCAGCAUUUCAGCAACAUGAUGGAACAGUACGUGUGCACACGCCUACAUGUACUGACUAAUGGGUCUGCCCCAUUCAACUUCUGGGUCUCCAAAUUGGGCACAUGGCCUGAGCUUGCCCUUUAUGUCUUGGAGGUGCUGGUCUGCCCUGCAGCCAGUGUAUUGUCUGAACGUGUGUUUAGCACAGCACGGGGCGUUAUCACAGACCAGUGCAGCCGCCUGUCCACAGCCAACGUGGACAAGCUCACGCUUAUUAAAAUGAACCAGGCAUGGAUCUCACCAGACUUGUCUGUACCUUGUGCAGAAUAGACAUUUAUACUGGCCUCACCCAGCCAUUGUUAUACUCAAGUGCACUUAUUCUUUGUUUUCUUUUUUUAUAUGUCCCAAUAUUUUGGGGGCUACCACAAUUAAAAAAAAUAAAAAAUAAUAAUAAAACAAACAGUGUUGGCUACCUCCUACACUGCCACUUCCACCUACACCAACACGGUCACCGCCUCCUCAACCUCUUACUCCACAUCCACCUCCUCCUUCUAGAGCAGGGUGCAAAAGCGGAGCAUCCGUCCCCUAGACAGUGCGCCUGCUACUGCCCACGGCACCGAGGGACCGAGCACACCAAAGCCAGCUCCAAUGAGUUCCCUGGUGUGGCAGUUCUUCAGACGAUGUGCUGACGACAAGACACUAGUGGUUUGCACGCUGUACAAUCACAGCCUGAAGCGAGGCAUAAACGUUCUAAACCUGAGCACAACCUGCAUGUCCAGGCAUCUACAUGCAACGCACGAGCUGCAGUUGAGUAAGCACCUCAAAAACCAAGAAAGGUCUCAGGCUCCUCCUGCUUCCUCUUCUGCUGCUGUCUCGGCCCCUUCCUCCACCCCGCAAACAGAGGAUGUGGCAGCAACGCCACCAGGUCCGCCACCGUCCCCAAGCAUCUCCACACUGUCCCAUAGAAGCGUUCAGCUGUCCAUCUCCCAAACACUGGAGAGAAAGAGGAAGUACCCCCCUACCCACCCGCGAUCCCUGGCCCUGAAUGCCAGCAUUUCAAAAUUCCUGGCCUUUGAAAUGCUGUAAUUCCGUCUGGUGGAGACGGACAGUUUUAAAAACUUGAUGGCGUUAUUGGACUGCAAGAAAUGCACCACAGACCGCAAAUGUUUCUUUUUUUUUAUAUGUCCCAAUAUUUUGGCGGCUACCCUAAUUAAAAAACAAAUAAAAAACAGUGUUGGCUACCUCCUCCUCCACCGCCGCUUCCACCUACAUCGCCAAGGUCACCGCCUCCUCAACCUAUGGGUCACUUAUAAACUAUGUACACAAUAGCAGAGGCUUGUGAAGGCCUUUUCUCCAUGCAUCAGGAGUUGAGCUCAGUUUGAACAAUGAAAGAGAAUACCCUGCACUCCAACCUAAAAGCUACUAUUAUUUAUAAAACAACCAUAUACAUGUUCAACAACUUGUAAACAAACACCUGAUAUUUAACACCCAGAAAAAACACCGGUCUUAAAUAUCCCAUAUACCACAAUUAUAAAAUGUACCCUCCCCCCCCCCCUAUUUAUUAAUGGCAAAUCAAAAUUCAAUAUAAAGACCAGGACAGAACUACAAAUAAGAUAAAUAGUAGAUGGAAGGGAGAGAAGAUGCUGCACAGCACUUUACUAUUUUCCUAACAUUUCGCCACUAUAUCUAGCCUCAUUGCCCAUGCAAAAGUAGUGCGAGGCAAUUCCACUCUGGUUCUCAACCAAUAGAGAAUGGCUGUGGCAAGGUGAGCCACACUGAUCUGUUUGUUAGCCGAGUAUGUGACAAGCUUAGGAAGUGACAGAGGUGUGAACUAUUAACCCCUCUAUUCCUUUCAAACACAGACAGAGAAAGAACUAAGUGUCCCUUGUCAGCUUAUAAUUAUUUUCAGUCCACCAUAUUAACAUUUUAUAAGUAAUCAGUUACAAGUAAGUUCUAUAAUGUACUUUUAAAAUCUGCUUUUUAAAAUUUGACUGAGUGUUUAAAGUGGUUCCAUACCUUUGUUUUCCACAUACUUUACAUGCUUCAAUACCGUUUUUAUACACAAAGAUACUAGACUUUCCAGUAACCUUGAUGUGAUUGUCUCCUCUUAAAUGUCAAUUUCUGUUCCCUGUUUUAUUUUUAAAUUGUAACUUUACCUUAAUAUAUUAUUUUAAAAUGAAUAUAUAUUGUAUUAUUUAAUACUUCAUGUACCUGCAUGAUUCACAAUACAAUUUAAAAAAUCCACCUUUAAUGUUGGAUGCAUGCAUUUAUAAGUUGAACUGUUCUUACUUUGACAUGUUUCCGAGAGAGACAUAGACUAGGCCGCAAGCCCUGAAGAUCUCACCAUAUUCUUCUGCACUAAUAAUAUAUGUUUAUUACUCGGACUGUACAACAGCCAAUAAAACUUACAAGGAAAGAUUAAAGGAUCUUAACAUGUAUAGCUUGGAGGAAAGACGAGACAGGGGGGAUAUGAUAGAAACAUUUAAAUAUAUAAAGGGAAUCAACACAGUAAAGGAGGAGACUAUAUUUAAAAGAAGAAAAACUACCACAACAAGAGGUCUUAAAUUAGAGGGACAAAGGUUUAAAAAUAAUAUCAGGAAGUAUUACUUUACUGAGAGGGUAGUGGAUGCAUGGAAUAGCCUUCCAGCUGAAGUGGUAGAGGUUAACACAGUGAAGGAGUUUAAGCAUGCGUGGGAUAGGCAUAAAGCUAUCCUAACUAUAAGAUAGAGUCAGGGACUAAUUAUUAUUAUUAUUAUUAGUGGCAUUUAUAAAGUGCCAACAAAUUCCGCAGUGCUGUACAAUUGGGAAAAAGACAAACACAAAAAUAACAGACCGAUACAACCGGUAGAGGACACUGCCCGUCAGCUUACAAUCUAAAGUGAAAGUAUUUUUAAAAAUUGGGCAGACUAGAUGGGCCGAAUGGUUCUUAUCUGCCGUCACAUUCUAUGUUUCUAUGUUUCUAGAGAAAUAAAUAGAAAAAUUGCAGUUGGUUAGUAGAACCAUGGAAACUUUUACCAUUUGGAGGUUAAGUGCCAUGCAUAUGAUGUCACCGUCCUAUGAUCAUUUCCAGUCAGUAUUGCUGCAAUUGAUAUGUAAAGAUGUGUGUGCUACAUUCCGGAGUGUCUGAGAUAAUUUCUAAAAAAAAUAAUAUGAUAAUCAAAUAAAGCAUUUUAAUGGAUGAAUCAGCAGUGUGUGGAUUAUACUAGGUAAAUGUAAAAUAAAGCUUGAUAAUAAUUAGUGUAUCACUGUGCCUAGCUGCUUUGAACAGAAAUAUAGUGAGUGAUAAAAAUAAGUAAAUGAGGACUCACAAUUUUGAAUACUUCUGUAUGAUCUCUGAGAUAGUUUUCAUGGCAUGCUUAAAUGAAUGAACACAGUAUGAGGUAUUCAUCAAUAGUCUGUCAAAAACUAUUAAUAAGAGCGCUGCAUAUCUUUAUAAUGCAUUCUAAAUCACUGAGUAAUUCACAGAAAGGCCUAGUCUUGCGUCCUCCUUUAUUAUUGGUCUUGCUAGAAUUUACUGAUGAUGCACACACCACUUACUAAGGAAAAGUCAUGGCAUUUCAAAAAGCAUGAAACAAACUCUCUGUGUGUAUAGAAAAGAGGAUAGUACUCAUAAAAAUACAACUCAAUUAUAUAUAUAUAUAUAUAUAUAUAUAUUUGUGUGUUUGUGUGUGUGUGUGUAUGUGUGUAUUCCUAAUAUUCGGGUUCUGUACCAGAGGCCUGGGAGUCUUAGGAUUCUGCCCAGUACCUUAGCUCUUUCUAGAACUGCACUCUUCUGGACAGCGAUCUCGGGUGUCCCACUUAGAAUCUGCUGAAGCCACUCCCCCAACUUGGGGUUCACAGCUCCGAGCGCUCCUAUCACAAGUGGGACUACUAAUGCAUUUACUUUCCACAUCCUUUCUAUCUCUUCUUUCAGUCUUUGGUAUUUGUUCACCUUCUUAUGUUCCUUUUUAUAGUCACUGGGUAUUACCAAAUCCACCCUUACUGCAGUCGUAUGUGCUUGUCUACCACCACAAUGGCAGGCUAGUUGGGUAUUAUUUGCUUGUCUGUCUGGAUCUGAAAGUCCCACAGGAUCUUAGCCCUAUCAUUCUCAACUACCCUUUGUGUUAUCUGCCAUCUGGACUUAGGCAGGUGUAGCCCAUAUUCUGUUCAAAUAGCACAGAUCUGAGAGCAAGUAACAGCUUCCUGUCAGAAGAGAUAGCGGAAACAGAAGAUCAUCUUCAGGGUUCCACUAGGCAACACUAUGAAGGUAAAAUGGUGGGGAGAAGAGACCACAAAGGGACAGGGAUGAAUGGACUAAAAGAGACACACAGAGGAGCUAAGGGGGGACAGAGAGACACAGAGGGCUGGGGGGACAAAGACACACACACAAAAGAGGCACUGGGGGCCAAAGAGAAACACAUGGAGCUGGAGGACCAAGAGUCACAGAGGUUCUGGGGGGGACAAAGACAUAGAGGAGGGUGUGGGCUACAAAUCAACACACAGAGAGGGGCUGGGGGGACAACGAGACACACAGAUUGGUUGGGGUGACAUAGAGACAGUCGGAGGUACUGGGGACAAAGACAUACAGAAGGGCUGGGGGACAAAGAGAUACACAGAAGAGAUGGGGGAAUAAUGAGACACACAGAGGGGCUAAGGGUGGACAACAGGCACACAGAGGGGCUUUGGAAGGGGACACAAAGGCAGUCGGAGGGGCUGGGGUAGAGACACUAAAGGGGGUUGGGGAGAAAGAGACAAACAUAGGGACUGGGGGGAAGAGACACACAGAUGGGUUGGGGGGGGGGGAGAAAGAGAACCAAAAAAGGUGCUGGGGGAAAAAGACACACAGAAGGGCUGGGGAAAAGGAAAAAAGAAACACAAAGUGGUUCGGGAAGAAAGAGAUACAGAAAGUCUGCAAUUUUAGUUCUGGGGGAGCUGCAAGUAGCUGAUCUUGCCUAGGGUGCAAAAUAGCCUAUCAUUGGCCCUGCUAGUUCCCUUUCUAUUCUCUCUUUUGUACCGCCUCCCCCUUUACAUUGGCCCUUCUUCUGUCCUUGCUCUUCUCCCUUUGUCUCUCUAUUAUGUCUAUAUCUAUUAGACACCCUUCCUGUAUCUUUGUUUUUAACACUAUCUUCAGCUCUUCUCCCACACCUAACUAUGUUAGACUUUGUAUCCACUUGACAUAACUAAUAAUAGACACUAACUAAGCUACUGAGCUAUAUCUAAGAUAUCCAAAAACUACCAGGGCAUCUAGUCAGGCGUGGAACUACCAGUGGUGCAUCCAUUGCAACUGCCAGGGGCCCUCAAGUUUAGGGGCCCAUCAGGUAGCCCUCACAUGGACAUCUCUGCUGUGGAGCCAAGUUGGGUGCUUUGGGUCUUUAUCAGUACACUGCAUGACUGUGUCAGUUUCGCAGUGUUCACAUGUCACUUACUCCUACAGGCAGCCACGCAGGGAGAAAGAAAGUACAAAGGUGAAAGCUAAUGCAGAACCCUGACCUAUUUCAAACUGGUCUCUGGUCAAGCUAUAGAAAUGGGAAGAGGGUACAAGUACAUCCCAUAUAUGUUCAAUUAGACUGAGAUCUGGAGAAUUAGGAGGCCAAGGCAACACCUUGAACUCUGUGUCCUGUUCCUCAAACCAUUCCUGAACAAUUUCUGAUGUGUGGCAGGGUGCACUAUCCUGCUGAAAGAGUCUUCUGCCAUCAGGGAACACCAUUGAAGGGUUGUAUGUAGUUUGUAACAAUCUCUAGGUAUGUGGUACAUGUUGAAAUAACAUCCACAUGAAUGGCAAAAUCAAUACUUUCCCAGCAGAACAUUGCCCAGAGUAGGGAUAUGCAUGGGCAAAAAAAUGGGCAAAAAAUUUGAUUCGGGACUUCAGCAAUUCGGCACUUCGGUUCGGUACUUCCAAAAUUUAGGACUUCGGCAAUUCGGGACUUCAUGAAUUCGGGACUAAGGCAAUAUCCUUACCCUAACCCUUACCCCUAACCCUACCUCUACCCCUAACACUUACUUUACCCCUACCAAGGUUAGGGGUAGGCUUAAGGGUAGGGUUAGAGGAAGGUUGGGGUAAGGGGUAGGGUUAAGGUUCCGGUUAGUCGUAGGGUUAGAGGAAGGUUGGGGUAAGGGUUAGGGGUAGGGCUAGAUUCUUGUCAUCAUUCCCUUAAUUUUCCCUCCCUCUCCUGUUUUGCCACUUUUCAGAAAUCCAAAGCACUUUGGCACUUCAGAAAUUCGGUACUUUGGCAAUUCGGUUCAGUUUGGCACUUCAGAAAUUCGGCGGUUCGGUUUGGUACUUCGUAAAUUCGGCAAUUCACACAUUCAGAGGCAUCCGAAUGUCUGAAUUGCCGAAAUUCUUCCGAAUUUAAAUUCGGACCAAAACUAAUUGCACAUGUCUAGCCCAGAACAUAAUACUGCCUCUGUCAGCCUGUCUUCAUUCGUUGGUGUGUCCUGCUGCCAUCUCUUCCUAGCUAAUGCAUCCAGCCAUCCACCUGAUCUAAAAGAAAAUGUGAUCCAUUAUACCAGGCAGCCUUCUUCCAUUGCUCUAUGGUUUAGUUAGUAACACUCACGUUCCCAUUGAAAAAGCUUUGGACAUGGGACUGAGAUCAUCAUGGGCACUCUUACUGGUCUGCGGCUACGCAGCCCUACACGCAGCAAACUGUGAUGCACUGUGUGUUGUGUUAUGUCACCUUUCUAUUAUGGUGUUUUUCAGCCAUUUGAGCUACAGUUCCAACACAUGAAAUUUAAGAACCGACUACUUACUUGCUGCCUAAGAUAUCUCACCCAUUAAUGGGUGCUAUUGUAUCAAUAUAAUCAAUGUUAUUCAAUUCUCCUGUCAAUGGUUUUUAUGUUGUUGCUCAUUAAUGUAUAUCUGUGUGUGUCUGUGGUAGUGUAUAUUUAUGUAGGUGUGUGUGUGUCAUGUGCAAAUGCUAACAGUGUUCUAAAUAUCUUUCUUUUUUUCAAGGCUCCUAGUCUGACCAAGAUAAUUAAAAAAUAUGUCUCUAUGUAUCUAUAACCAAGUAGGGUUGAAAUGAAUAAUGGUUAGACCUGCAAUGUCCCUGUAUUGUCAUGCAAAAGAACGAGAAGUUUCUCCUACAACUACUUGUGUAAUUUCCAUUAAUAGAGCAGACAUACCAAUAGCUAAAAAUAACUUUUUAGCUCUUCAUAAAGCAGCUGAUCCUUCCAGACACUCAGAGCAAGCACAGACUGGACAAAGAGCACUUGCACCAAUAAACUGCUGUAGAAGCCAGAAAAACAUAAUGUCUGAACGUAGGGUGCCUUUCACUUUCCUCCGCACUCCAAGCUGGGAUCCGUUCCGAGACUGGUACCAAGGUGGCAAUCGUCUUUUUGACCAGUCAUUUGGGAUGCCUCAUAUUCCUGAGGACUGGUACCACUGGCCAAGCACCAGCUGGCCAGGUUAUGUUCGCCUUUUCCCAACCCAGUCUAUGGAAGUGGCACCCCCUACUACACCAGCUGUUACCUCACCUGCUGUGUCAAGUGCUCCAGACUUUAACCGGGCCCUGAGCCGCCAACUCAGUAGUGGAAUCUCAGAGAUCCGCCAAACAUCAGAUCACUGGAAGGUCAGUUUGGAUGUUAACCAUUUUGCUCCAGAGGAGCUGGUUGUGAAAACCAAAGAUGGAAUUGUGGAAAUUACAGGUAAGACAUGUUCAACCAUUAAUAACAAUAUAUUGACAAGUGAGAAUUGCUGGGAAUUCAAAGUGUAUUUUCAAGGUACAAGACAUACUUACUUGACAUCUAGUAUAUGGCUAAACUUUUUUUAGCAAUGUUGGUGUUUUUUUUGUGUUUUUCUUUGAUUUUUAUUAUAUAAUUCUUAUUAUGUGUAUAUGAAUUGUCAUUUUGUAUAUGUUGGGAAGAAAUGCAAUUAUAGCUGCAAAAAAGAAAAGUAAUCUUUUGAAACAAACAAAAUAAAAAAUAAAAAACACUGCAUUAUUUAUGUCUGUCAGUUGCAUUGUCUCUUUCCAAUAUAGUCCGAUCUUCAGUAUACUAUUUAGCCUCAUUUUUAUGGGGUAACACCAAGCAUAAAAAUAGCAUGUGCAGCAACACUUUUUUUUUAAAUGUUUUAUUUUGCACUUUUCAUUUAUAUAUAUAUAUAUAUAUUUUUUUUUUUUAAUGUAUUUAUUUUUAUUGUUCAUCCAAAACAUUACAUGGCAGUAUGCAUGCAUCAGUUGUUUACAUUUUCCAGAAAUGUUCAAUAUUGUUUGCAAUUAUGAGAUACAUACAUUAUUAUACGUGGAGGCUCUAUGAAUAUUACAGAAAAAACAGUGUUUGACAUAACAUAUCUCUGCGUGUAAGUAGGAAUGUGUAGAUAUUUACAAGACCAAAAUAAGGUGUAGUCUAGUAAUCUUUCGUACCUCAGUUUCACUGUACUAGCUCAUCAAAUAGGGGGCAACCACAGUUUUUAAUGAUUCAAUAAAAUGGAUUAUCUUAUUCUUCUUCAAUAUAAUGCUUAUUUCUCUCAGAAAGUUGACAUUCUCUAAUUCAUCUUGCCUUACGUUUGCUUCUGUCUUCCCCUUUCAAGACAGUUCUAAACAUGGAAGAGCUGCCAAGAGGGGCAAAGAUCCCCUGGACCACUAGCAUAAAGGGGCUGCGGUCUGCAGCUUUGCACUAUUCUUCAGCAGAUUAAAAUACAAGGAGGUGAGCUGGGAUCUUUUGGCAGGGGGCUGCAAGGAGUGUAGCAGCAGGCAGAAUGUGUGCAGACAUUUGCUAGCCAGGUACUAUGAGGGUUUGUUCAUCAACUGGUGGCCCCAACCUCACAAAAACCCUACAAACAAAUAGCUAAAUGUAACACAUUUAUCCCACCCCACACCACACCCUCUCCUAAUGUUACAUGAAAUGUUUUAUAUAUAAUAAAAUAAAACAGUCACAAAAUGUAUUUUAGAAACCCUAUUAGAAAUCCUUUCUAAUAGUUGCAUAAUCCCAUAAUAGUAGCCCUAAUCCAAGCCACCCGCUGUCCUUUAUGCUUUCAUCAAUCGCGUCUUGGGCUAUUCUAGCCCUGUAUCUUAACAAGCCUAACUAGAUCUUAACCGAUCCUUUGUAGUUCAUCUGUAACACUGAUUCAGUUUUCUACUGCUGUUUGAUUAGCUUCACAAUUUUGUCAUAACUGUGCUUUCACAGUAAGUAAAAUCAAACUGUAAAUGUGUGUGUGGUUUUUUUUAAAUUUGAUUAUUUAUUUAAUUUUCAUUAAAGGAAAAUUAUACCAAUCUCAGCUGGCCACAUCUACCUAAACAGCAUUUUGCACAGCAGAAAAAAAACCACUAAGAAAUGAUCUGUCCAUAUUUUCAAGGGCAACAUGCUGACAUUUAGCAAAGCUGGGACAAUACAAUGUGUGUUUCUUGUGCCUCUCUAUAGAUAGCAAAAUCUAUUCAUAGCAACAGCUGUUUCUAUUUCUUAUCUAGGCCUCAUUAUGUCUGUCUGAGACCAUGCCAGGGUAAGGCAAUUUUUGUGACACACUUAAGUUCUGCUCUGUGUGCCACAGAUGUAUAAUCCCUAUCACAGAGUCAUUAGGAUGGGCUGUUUUAUAACCCAUAUGGUUUCAAAUGUAUGUAAACAUUAUUUUGGUGUAUUUAAAUGUGCAGAGGUAUACAGAGAAUACUACAAUAUUGAUUCAUUAGUCAACGUGUUACAAUGUGACAGUCACCGUGUGUCACACAUGCCUAGGUUUCUUUUCCAAACUAAACUUCAGUCAAAGUUUCAUUGGAUAUCUGUCUGUACUAAAAUAUUAUUGCUGUGGACUUAAAUUAAUAUUCAAGGACAAAUAUUUCACUCAGUGUACAAUUACAUGCAUAUAUGAUCUUUGCUAUCAGAGUUAUUCAUAUCCUUAAAAAUUAGGCUUAAUAAAUAUGGGUUAACAUUAAAUAAACACUAUAGAGUCAGGAACACAAAUAUGUAUUCCUGAACCUAGAGUGUUAAAAUUACCAUUUAGGUUACUUUCCCCCCCCCAACCCCCUUAAAAGUUAAUAAAACAUAUCUUAUUUCCAGUGCUGCGCGGGUCCGCCGGCACUGGCCUCACCCCUGAUUUGCCUCCUUGCUGACAUUAUCAGAAUUUGGCUGAAAUCGGCAAGGAGGCGGGGCAGAGCGAGGCCAUAGCCGGCUUGGCCAAUCAGCACCUACUUAUAGAGAUGCAUUGAAUCAAUCUCUGAGAAUAAAAUCAGCGUCUCCAUGCAAAGCAUGGAGGCGCUGAACGUCAGUGCUGAACACUGUGCAGGAGGGUCAAUGUAAACACUACCCUUUCUCUGAAAAGGAUUUGUUUACUGCAAAAAAGCCUGCAGGGAAUAAUUCUACUUCCCAGAACAAAUACAUUAAGCUGUAGUUGUUCUGGUGACUAUAGUGUCCCUUUAACAUCUUCCCUCACAGCCUUGUGCGUACAAAGGCUAACUUUUCAAUGGAUUCCCAGUUCACAUGGCAGAUAAAUAAAUAUCUUUGUCUAAGUUCCACUCUGAAGCUUUUUGCUUUCCUUUAAAUGAGAUAGAAUUACCUAAUGACAUCCCACACUGCAGUAGAGAUGCCUGUUGCCUUAUUUUAAGUGUCUCUCUCGUUUCCUUUUUUCUUUGUUUUCCUUUCCUUAUAUCACUUGUAUCAUAUAUAUAUAUAUAUAUAUAUAUAUAUAUAUAUCUUAAUUUACAUAACUAUACUCCCUUCUUUGCCACUUGCUUUAUUUAUAUUUAUUUUCUUCCUUGCACCAGAUCUUAAUUUAUAGGAGCCUCCAUUUUGUUCUUCUCAGUCCAUGAUGUCUGUAGUUUACCAUUCUGUAGGAUUCACGGUGCUGUAAGCUUAUUUGAGUAAAUCCAUCCUCAGCUCAUGCUUCUGUUCUAUUACCCUUUAUUUUUACCCAUCAUGUAUUUCUUUGCUUUUUAUUCCCAGACUGUAGAUUUUGCAGACCACAUGUUGUUUUCCUUGUUGUAUAGCUCAGUGGAGCAAGAGGUAGCAAUUGCCCAGAUCACCUGUUUUGCAAAGACUUCUCAUUGAGCUGCAUUGGAAGUCUGUAAUUGGACAGCCACAGAAAAUCUGGGCGGUGAUAGAAGGGGAGGUCUUUCAAAGGCUGCAGACAAGAGAUCUGCAGGUUUUGCAAGCUGUUUUUAAAUACAUCUCCAAAGAAAAAAUAAUUAAAUUAAUGCAUGUUUUCAUUGGGAGUAUAAAACAGUGAUUAUAAAAAAAAUUAGGGGCAGUGGAAUGUCAAUACCCUUCAUAUAGCUUGGCACCCAAGAGUUGGCAUAUUUGAAAGAUCUGGUACCUAUCAAAUGCUACUAAAACGCAAACACCUGAGAACAUUAGAUAUAUCUUCUGUAUUUGUAUAGCUAUAAGAACAAACUAUUACAAAAUACAAACAUGUAUUCUUUGUAACUAUCUCAGCACAUUAAAUAUUAAUUGUGUUUUUCUCUUUGGCUUGAAAAGCACAUUGCAGGAAAUGAUGCUUAUUUUGAGCUAAUGGAAUUUAAUCACUAAAUACAGAAUUGCAGCAAACUCAAAAGCAAACUGAAUUAUCUAUUUCUUCCAAGUUUUGCAAUUUAAUUUUUAUUGACAAUAAUUAAGAACUUUGUGAAUAAACCCCAAAGUCAAUUAUGUUGGGUGGAAAACACAAGUUCUCUUGUAAAAUUUGAUAAAAUUCAUGAAGUGAUCUCUUUAUCCACUGAUCGUCAGAAAUGAAAUGCAAACGAAUUUCCAAAAUUUUUUGUUAACUUUUUAGUAAGGUUUAUUUCUCGUUAGAUUAAAUCACAUCACCAUUAGCCAGUUAAACAUAGCCUGAAUAUAGUUAUAGGUCUUGUAUAAUGAAUAAAAAAAAAAUUACUGAAGUUAAUCAUUUUAUCCGUAAUACACUUGGAGUUAUUCACUACUACAUACACAACUCCCCUGGCUGUAACUCAAACAGCCUUCAUGGAAAAAAAAAAAUUUAGAUUUUCAAUAAGAUCUUAAAGCAUAGUAUUUAGAAGUUUUUGUCUCCUGUUCUGUAAAUUGAACUUUAAUCACACACAAGAGACCCCUACAGGCUUUAGCGGGCUAUAAACAGAGCAACACAUAGGCAAUUCUAAAUUAAACAGACAAAGUGACUUAACUUCUAAAAUGGCAGAGAAUUGAGCAGCGAGAUGGGAGGACAAGAUCUAUACACAAGAAAACGCUUCUUUAACCUCUUAAAAUGGAAGCAACUGUACAUGGUCUCAUCAAAACAAACCACAAUUUACCUCUUUCAUAUUAAGUGCAACCACACUUUUUAUAUAUUGUUUUGUUCAGGAGAAAUAGGGCUUUCAAUUCACCUCAAACGUGUGUGUGUGUGUGUGUUUGUGUGUGUGUAUAUAUAUAUAUAUAUAUAUAUAUAUAUAUAUAUAUAUAUAUAUAUCAUACUUUAAUAUGAAUAAAAUCUAAAAAAAAGUCAGAAAUUAAGAGGUUUUGUUAUUUUCUUAGUUCUGCAUGACAUUUUAACUGUGAAUAUUAUAAUUUUGCUAGCUUUUACUGCAAUAAAAUACACAUAUUUGUGUUCAGCGAUGUCUCACUAGAACAACAGAGCCCCCCAUAUACAGGUUUUAUGGAGUUUUGAAGACUUACAGGGUCAAAUAUAAAGCUUUCCUCUUUUCAGUUUAUAAACAUUGAAAUUUGCAAGUUAAGUUUGCUGGGUCUAUGUUGCCUUUGAGACCGUAUGGCAGCCCAGGAAUGAAAAGUAAUCCCAUCAUGGCAUACAAUUUGCAAAAACAGACAACCCAGGGUAUUCAAAAUGAGGUAUAUCCAGUCUUUUUAGCAGCCACUUAGUCACAAAUGCUGGCUGAAGUUAGCAUUCAUAUUUAUUUUUUGCAUAUAUCACAAAAAAAAUGCCCCUUCACCAAUUAUAUCAUAAGCAUUAUAUGUUUUACUGCUAUAAAACAUUCAUAUUUGUGUUCAGCGAUGCCUCACAAGUACAACAGUACCCCCCAUGUACAUAUUCUAUGGUGUUUUAGAAAGUUACCGGGUCAAAUAUAAGGUUAUAACAUUUCAGGUUUUACACAUUUAAAUUUGCCUGAAGUGCUGGAUUAGCUGGUUUGUCAGGCAGUCUCCCUGAUCCUGACCGCAGCAGCAAGAUAAACAUAUCUCGGCGGGGGGAGACGGCAAACCACAGGGUGAACCUUGCCAUCCUGCUGCAUUACAGCCCAUAUUUUGAAGGGUGGCAUGGUACAUCUGCUGGCGUUACGCUAACGUUGUCUUGCUGUCUAGACUGUACCUUUACAUUUGAAAUUAGCUUUGAUUUCCCAGCAAUUCAUACUUUAGUAAAUAACUGUGUAUGUAAUAUUGCUUUUACAAGAAGUAAAUAUAUGUAUAUUCUUUUCUAUAGUUUAUGAGGCAAUUCCCUAUAUACAAGUCAUCUUUUUUACAUAUACAAAAAAAAAUAUUAGUUAAAAAAUAUAUACUUAUUUUACCCUCCUGCAGGAAAACAUGAAGAGAAACAAGAUGAACACGGAUUCAUCUCCAGAUGUUUCACCAGAAAAUACACGUGAGUAAUAGCCUGCCAUGCAGCCAUGUCUGAUUUACUAAUUUUGUUGUUGUUAUACUAAUGCAAUUUGUCAAACACGUAGAAAGCUGUCACUGCACUAUACCUAUAGCAUACACUUUAGCAAAAAGUUGACAGAUGUUAAAGUGAUAAUGAAUAAAAUGGCUUGAGUGCACUCUAAAGUGCUCAAGAACAUACAUGUUGGGAACCAAAAAUUAUAUUAAAAUCUCCAUAAUUAAAAUGACAAAUAAUGUACUUUGAUGCCGACCUGGUAGGCUUUGUUAUUGCCAUGUAAAAUGAAAAUCAACAAAUAUAAAUAAACAAAUAGGCACAUCCCUUGCCCCCCAGUCAAUUGUGGCAUCAUACUUUACUACAAAAUAAAAAUUUUCAUCUGGUGGCUUGGUCAGAUCAUCUGUUUUAGUACAAAUGGACUAUACCUGGAGUCAGCCCUCGUCCCCAAUGUCAAUAUAAAGGAGCCGCCAAAAUUUACUAUGAAGGUGUAACAUAUCGUACCAUGUAGGGCCGCCAUGAGGUCAUGACAAUCAUGAUGGUUGUCAUGGGCCUGGCGGUCCUGGGGGCACAAACUGCUCUAGGAGUCCAGGGUCCCACAUUUCCGAUGUGCACAUAUAUAUCGUUUAUCUCUAUAUAUGUGUAUCUGCGGGCCCCCGACUACCUGUAUACUGGAGAGGGACCAGCACACUCCAUUUUAACUUCCCAGCUGCUCUUUUCUCUCUAAGUUUAGUGAGCUCCGCUGCGGUCAGAUUGUUGCCACAGGUUACCAUGGCAAUGCUUCAUGCGGCUUGCGAGAGUUAGAGAGACGAAAGCAGCUGGGAAAUGAAAAUAGAGUGUGCUGGUCCCCCUCUUCAGUAUACAGGUAGCUGGAGGCUCACACCAUGCCACCGGACCACUAGGGAAUGUAAUCUCCCCCUCGCUGGCCACAAGUAAGAAGCGGGGGGGGGAGGGGGGGACUAAAUUUAUUAAUAAUGAAAAAAAAAACAAAUACAUAUGUUUUCCCCCUCCCCAACCGGCUAUUAGUUAGCCCCACAACAACAUUUUACACAAGAUUUAAACACACUACAUCCUUACACAAACACACACUCUGCAUUCACUAUACACACACUAAAUCCACUACACAAACACACAAUCUGCAUUCACUAUACACACACUACAUCCUUACACACACACACUCUGCACUCACUAUACACACUGCAUCUAAUACACAUAAGCACUACAUCCACUACACAAACACACACUCUGCACUCACUAUACACACACCACAUCCACAACACAAACACACACUCUGCACUCACUAUACACACACCACAUCCACAACACAAACACACACUCUGCAUCUAAUACAUCCAAACACUACAUACAUUUACACAUAUUCACUAUUCACAAACUACAUUCAGUAUACACACACUUCAUCCUUGUGGAAGGACUCAAGAUGGACCCUGAGGGCGGACUCAGGGGCAGACCCCAGAGGCCCAGAACUUGAGCUGAGUCAGGAGCACAAACAUUUCUAAUGGAAGCCUAGGUACCAUUUACAGAUAGAUGGUAUUAUAUUAUUGUAAAAGCAGAAUAAGUUGAUGCUAUAUAAAUGCCAAUAAUAAUUAAAUAGAGAGGACUACUAGCAUAUAUUUAAAUGUAUAGCUAAAUCACUGUAUUUGCUCUCAUGGUUAUUCACAAACGUGUGAAAUGUCAGGAAUUAAAAAUGAAUUUCAAAAUUUAGGCUAAAAGAAUUUAACUGAAACAUACCUGGCUUGGAAAUGUUGUUAUAAUUUGACUAAUGUGGCCAAUAAUUUGAAAUUCAAUUUGAAUUCUUCACAAGUCACACUUAAGCACAUAACCCAUGUGUAUGUAGCAUACCAUCCACAACAAUUCACAUUCUGGUGGGAGUUUGGGAAUGGUUUUCCAGACACAAUAUCAGAAUCAAUUCCGUGAAUAUGGUAUGUGAAUGAUAUUUUCUUAUGGGAAUCACAAAAAUUCAUAUAGCUUCCCCAGAAGCCAACAGGGUGCAAAGCUAUAUUUCAUAUAUUAUUGAUGUCAGCAGCACACGUUUUAGCACUUAUACCCAGAUAUGAAAAAGUAUUCAUAACCACAUAGGUUUAAAUUCAUUACUUGGAAUACACAGUGGAAAUUGCAAAUUUUAGUUCAUAAACUGGAAAAGUCUAUUAUAUAUAAAUAUAUAUAUUCAACUAUUCAGAUUUUUGUGAACAUACAGCAUAUGUUAUCAUAAUAACAAAGUAUUUAACCAGGAAAGGUACAUUCAGAUUACUCUGGUUUUCAAGUGUGUCCUGGGGAUAUUACCUUAGCCCAACAUCCAGGAGUUGUUACUAUUACCCAAUUUAAUGGUACUCAUUUUAUCUACCUCAAAAGGAUGAAGUGCUGAGCCAACGGUUGAACAGAUUCUACUGAUGAUGCAUUAGCCCACUGAGCUAUCUCACCAGCCUUUUGCUACAUAAGGAAUAAAAACAAUAGCAUUAUUAGAAUGGCUGGCAUGUAGAAAUUAUUCAUAUAUUACAUAGCUACAUAGCUGAAAAGAGACUUGCGUCCAUCAAGUUCAGCCUUCCUCACAUUUGUUUUUUGCUUUUAUAUUCAUAUAAAAAACAGUUUUUUUAAAAUAAUAUAUGCAGUGUUAGUUUUGGUCAUUUUAAAACUAAUUUUAAACUCUAUUUUUCAGUCUUCCCGCAGUAGCUGAUUUUACUGCAGUUGCGUCGUCUCUUUCCCCAGAUGGUGUUUUAACUGUAGAGGCUCCAAUAAAGAAACCGGCUAUUCAGUCUGCCGAGAUAACCAUUCCAGUAACUUUCCAGAGCCGGGCUGAGAUUGGUACAUCUGAUGCCAAAAAAUCAGAGGAAGCAGCCAAGAAAUGAAGGCACCACCACAGACUACUAACACCAAAUAUAUUUAAACAGAUAUUACAGUUUUAACAAAUAAUGUAUAACUAGAAGAGAACUUUAGCUGUAAAGCUCAACUGCCAAAUCACCUUGGUGUAUUGUUGACUUAUUACUGUUUUAGAAUGGACAAUAAAUACAAGUUCACAACUAAAUUAACACAUAUGCUAACAAUAGUGUCAAAGUAGAAGUCUUAUGUUUAGUAAUUAAUCCAUGGAUGGUUAUGAUUUCCUGUAUGCUGUAGAAUUAUUUUUACCUGGAGUGAGCCAAGCUGCCAAUUUAGUUUUUUUGUAGAAUAUCGGAGAACAUCUAGCAUAUUUCCAUCGUAUGGUAUAUGUUGGUACCUUGGUUUCUAUGAAUUAAAAUUUGUUUAAUAUGGAUGUAUAUAUAUAUAUAUAUAUAUAUAUCUGAACAACGUGACUAGCACAGAUCUGUAUAUCUAAAUGUAUUUGUAUGAUCCCAUAAAAUCAACUGAUUAGUACAACUAAAGUUUUGUGAAAAAUAAAUGGUUUGACUUAAUCACCCAUAUAUACUCCUUC